CGCUAAUUACCCCGGUGUUCGCAGUGAUACCUGACCUGGGAUCAGUGUGAGAGUGUUGACACCAAAGGGAGCGUUGCAGACAGGAUGUGAGCCUUUUUCACCGAGACAAACACGAAGAAUCAGCAGUAGUAAGCACAGUCCAGGUCCCAAUGUCUUCAAGAGGAGUUGGUUCUGUCACCAGGUUCGGAUGGGUGCAAGAGAUCCCACAUUAUGAUCAGGUCCCUGUUGGCUCCUUAUGGCGGGAUGCAGCUCUCCCUCCUCCCCUGACGGGCUUUCAUGGAACAGUGCCGGCUGCCAGCUUAGACCCCCUUCCCCCUCCCCCUCUACCAGAACAACCAGCUGUUGGGCCUGAAUCCUUCUACCCCCCCAACGAUGAUGAGCCAAUGGAGGGCGAAAGUGAUGUCAUGGACAUUAAGCCGAUCCGCCGCUUCAUCCCAGACUCUGUCAAGAACUUCUUCCGUGGCAACAGUGGUAACCGUGGCAGCAAGGGUUUGUCCAUCCCACCUCCACCACCACCUCUACCUGCUUCUCAGUCCCCUGUCCCCUCGUCCAAGAAGAGUUGGAAUGGCCACACCACGUUAGGAGUCCCCUGCUCACCUCCCCACUCUGCCCCUCCAUCUCCAUCUCUUCCCGGCUCCUAUCGGGACCCCUUUGGUGGCUCUGGGGGCAGCUACACCUCUCAGAAGGAGCGUGACAGGCUGCUGCUGGGCGCUGAAGCCUUUGACUCCGUAUCAGCAGUGCCCACCAAUCUCUCGGCCCUGACCUACCAGGAGCGGGUGGAGGAAUACCACCAACGCUACGCCUACAUGAAGUCCUGGGCUGGCCUGCUUAGGAUCCUGGGCUGUAUUCAACUGCUGCUGGGAGCUGCUGUGUUCGCCUGCGUCUGUGCUUAUAUUCAUAAGGACAACGAGUGGUUCAAUAUGUAUGGAUACUCCCAGCCUCAGCUGUUUGGGGGUCUCGGUGGAAGUGCUAGUGGAUAUGGGGGCAGUUACUACACAGGCCCCAAGACACCUUUUAUCCUGGUGGUGGCUGGUCUCGCGUGGAUCGUGACUGUUAUUCUGGUUGUUCUUGGGAUGACCAUAUACUACAGAGCCAUCCUUCUAGACUCUUCAUGGUGGCCGCUCACAGAGUGUUCCAUCAACUUAGUCUUGGCGGUGCUCUAUUUGGCAGCAGCAAUAGUAUAUGUGAGGGACACUACUCGAGGGGGGCUGUGCUAUAUACCGGUCUUCAAUAGUGGAGUAAACGGAGCGUUCUGUCGCACAGAAGCUGGCCAGACAGCAGCCCUUGUCUUCCUCUUCAUCACUACCCUGCUGUACUUCAUCAGUGCAGGUGUAUGUCUGAAGCUGUGGAGACAUGAAGCAGCCAGGAGGAGGAAGGAGGGGCUGGAACAGGAGAUGAAAACUAAUGGAUCAUCAGUCCCCCUUUCUAUACUGGGUCCAGCCUCCAGGGCCUCUGAGCACACUCCUCUCCCUACCAUCCAGCCAGACCUAAUGGACGCCCCGAUCAACUCUGCAGCUGCUUCUAGGAUGGCGCUGGAGCCAGAGAUCCUCCGAGGUCACAUACCAGCUGGACACAUCCCCAAACCUGUCGUUAUAGCUGACUAUGUGGCGAAGUACCCCAGCAUCCACUCAGAGGAGGAGAGGGACCAGUAUCGGGCUGUGUUCAAUGACCAGUAUGCUGAGUACAAGGAGCUGCACGCUGAGGUUCAGGCCAUGGCCAAGAAGUUUGAAGAGAUGGACGAGAUAAUCCAGAACCUUCCCUCCCGGCCUUCCAGCCAAAUGGAAAAGGAGCGGAUCAAUGGCAUUUUAAUGGAAUAUCAGAAGAAGAAAAAUGACCCAACAUAUUUGGAAAAAAGGGAUAGGUGUGAGUACCUAAAGAACAAGCUCUCCCACAUCAAGAAGAAAAUUCAGGAGUACAACAACAAGUCAUUCAAUGGAACAACAGCAACUUAACACUGCAGUUUAAUAAUGCCUUUAAAGCAUGUGGAAUUCAUAUGCAGUCUGCAACUAUAUAACAAAACAUGCUCAUCACUGCUGUUAGUAAUGUUGUAAGGACAGACCAAGGAAGAAACAUCAAGAGUGGGUAGAAAUGUCCAUCAAGAGAGUGGUAAAAGAAAAAGAAAAAGCAAGCUUCACCAAAAGUGGGAUCUGAAAACAUGGACCGAAGGCAGACAGCUGGGAUGGAUCAAGUGUAACCUAAAUACAUGUCGUGUUCAUUAUACGUAUGAACAGCAUGUCCUGAUGCAGAUCAUAUUUUAAGGGAACAUUUUGGGAAAUAUACUUUUUUUGCCAUUUUAUCUGACUGUGUUUAGCUCAUAGCUGCAAAGACCAGAAGCAGAGGUACACUGCUAGACUAAUUCCAUCAAAAGAGACCCAAGGCCCUCUAUUGAUUUUGCUGUGGACAUGUUAUACACCUCAUGUUAUAACUGUUUGCUGUUCUUGUGAAACAAACUAUUUAUACAAGAAAUGAUCUUGUGAAUGUGGGUAAGAUGACUAUCAAGUACAUAUCCUAAAAUGUGUGACUGUUCUGUGCACAGUGUGAAGUCUCCUAGUUAAACGUUCUGCCUGAAUACUAUAGAUUAAUGAAACAAGGAAGCUGAUGUAAAGGCUGACUCAGUGUUAUUGAAGGCUUUAUUUUCCACUAAGACUAAUCCCACUGCAACAGACGUCAGAUGUCAGUAGAAGUGUGUUGUAGGUUAGUUUAACAGCAUUUAUUUUUUGUCCGAUAGGAUGUACUUCUGUGUUCUGCUUGUGUCAUACUGUCGAGGUUUAUCUGCUUGCCUUAAUGCUUUCUGUGUGCUGCUGUUUUGUUUUUGUUUUACAUUAAAUUUCCUCUGUCUAUUUUGAACUAUGAGGUGCAAUGUGAAAAUUUACUAAAACUGUCUCUCAUCCUGUUACUGAAACUGCAGUGAAGAACAUAACGGAUGGGUAUUUUUAGAUUAGUUUUAGUCACUCCUUUUGUAAACUCUUAUGUGUAUGUGCAUUGAUAUGUUUGAUGUAAGUGUUUGUGUCACAGCUGGUUUGUCCUACUGGUUUAUGCCAAUGUGUUUAGCCUUUAGAUUUAUAUGUCUAUGGUACUGGUUUAUACCAAUGAAUUAUGCACAGUUUGAGUGACUGUUCCAUCUGUCCAUUCCUGUUUCAAUUCAAUAACUGCACAAGCUCAGUUAAUCCAAAGCAAUGGUAAUGAUGAAUGAGGGUAGCCAAUAAAGUUAAGACCAUUCUAAACACAGUGCAAUCAGAAUAAAGUUAUAUGUUCAUAAUU